GGAAUCCAGUGAGCAAAGUCUGAUGUAAACAAACCCUCAGUCCCAGAUAUUCAGUUGAAUUCACUAUUCUAGAAGUAUGGAUAAAUUUGUUGUUCGCAUGCCAAGAAAUUCUCCGUCUUCAAGUCCAAGAAAAGGUGGAAUAAGAAAUUAUAAACAGUCUACCAUUGAAUCAUUAAAGGGUGUUGUGAUUAUAGAAGACCUUGAGAGAGCCAAGAUCGUUCUGGAACGGAGUGACACGAAGGAGGAGUUGAAGAUUGACACACUUAAACAUCUGAGGAAGAAAAAGCCAGCGAAGGAAAUUCUCGUAAAGACUGGGCUUGGUAAGACUGUUUACAAGUUAAGUAAGAGUAAAGAUGAAGCAAUUGCAGCAGAAGCAAAGAAGGUGUACAAGCUGUGGAAAGACCACUUACUGAGCAAAGUUGGAAGGCCAGUGAUUGAGGUUAAGUGCGACCUCAAAACCCAAAACUUUCGUAAUUCUGCAAGACAGAUGAUAUUAGAUGGUCUAAAAAGGGAAGAUGGUGAUGAUGCAGUAGAAGGUCAGAGUUCAGAUGAAGCAAAAGAACAAGAGAAAAGAAAAGAAAAGAAAGAUACUAAACAUAAAUCAAAGAGAAAAAAGUCAGAGGAUGAGGAAGAUGACAAAGAUGCAAAGGAUAAAAAAGAAUGUGAUUCUAUUGAAGUCCUUGCAGAGUAUAUUGAAAGAGAAGUUUACCAAAGCACUAAGAGACUGAUCAACAAACCUUAUAAAAGAACAAUAAGAAAACUAGUUUUUACUCUAAGACAUCAGCAGAAGGUGAGAUUAUCUGUCGUUUCUUCCUCAUUGUCUGUAAAAGACUUUGUGAAGCAAAAUCUCCAAGAGUAGAUGCAUACUUAAGGAGUGUGUCAGUUCCCUGAAAAAAAAUAUUUUGAUGGAUACAAAUGUAGUCAGUAGGCUGAUGUGUAUACUAAAACCAAUAUUUCUAUAUAGGGCUAACUGAACAAGUAUGCCUAUCCAUAUAAAAUGCACAACUUACAGGCAUUUUCCAUGAGGAGAGAUGCACAACAUUUGAAAUUGUAGUUAGGUUGAAGUAUGACAAGUUUCAUGUUAGACAGAUGCUUCAAAAAUAGUAUCACCAGAAAAGACCAGUUGGUUCAAUGACUAAAGAUGACCAGAAUUGAUCAUUGUAUUUAUGUGAUAAUAUUUUACUUAUGGUGCAUGAUUUAAUUUAUGUUGUAUUUAUUGAAUUCAUAGGGUAUCUUCAACAUUUGCUGAUUUGUUUAAGUACUGUGAAACUUUUAUAUAUUGUUGUUGUUUACUUACCUUGAUGUAAGGUACUGUAGUUUUACUAACCUGUGACUGCAUAGCCUUUGAAAGAUAAUUUCAGGUAUGCAAGGUUUGUAUUAUAGUGUUGCUACUUGUACCUCGGAUUCUGUAAUUUGUAAUAACUUCAUGCAGGGUACAAUAUUUUUAUAAGUAUUUUGUGAAAAACUGUGAAGAAAUAUUUCUUGAAUAAAUUUUAUACAAUGA